AUGACUCACGCGUCUAAACCAGUCGAUAAGAAAUACAGCCCACCACCACCACGUGAAAUAGAAGUUAGAUUUGGUAAGGGUGUCACCGGUACACUUGCCAUCCCUCAUUCCAUGGAUGCAGACAACCCAUUUGAGCAAGAGUUAGCUCCAGUAACUCAUAAAGGAGCUCUUAUUUUACAUGGACAAGGUGGUCACAGAAAUUACUGUUAUCAAAAACAUUUGGCCCAUCGAUUAGCAAAAGAUUUGGGAAUUUUUAGUUUAAGAAUAGAUUUUAGAGGGUGUGGAGACUCAGAUGACAACGAAGACAAGUUGGAAGGAAGAAGCUUGGGUCAAGAUGUGGAAGAUAUUCAAGCUGCUGCCGAAUUUAUUCAAGAUGGUAAGAAGAAUGGCUUGGGAAUUGAUUUGACGUUGAGUUCAAUUAUUGCCCAUUCAAGAGGUGGAGUAGCCAUGUUUCUUUGGGCUUUGGAACAAGACAAAUUAUUGAAAAAGGGUGAUCCAAAAGCAAUUGUUGUGCCCAAUUUAGUUAAUUGUGCUGCCAGAUUCACUUCAGUCACUGUGUUGGAUAGAUAUAGUGGUUUCGGUGAUCUCGAUUAUAUGCCAGGGAUACUUAAUUUUAGACAUGGUAAAUAUAUCAAAUCUGAUUUGGCAGCUAGAGAGAUCAUUACAUUGUCGAAACCCGACUUGAGUACGUUGAAUGUGUUGUCACGCGAUUUUUCUGUCUUGAGUGUUUACGGAUUGGAAGAUCAAAUUAUUCCUAAAUACGAUUCAGCCAAUUUUGCCAAUGCCUUGAAUAGGGGACCCAAAUCGCAUAUUUUGAAGUUGAUUCCGGAUGCUGAUCAUAAUUUCUAUGGUCACAACCAAAUUGAACCAGAUGAUGACUUCCAUGAUGUCAAUCCUUAUAAUUUACCAUUGAAAGGUAAUAGAGUUAAUUUCAAUUAUCUUGUCGUUGACUACAUUAUCGAAUACCUUUCACCUGAAGAAGAAUUGGAUCGUUUCUUGCAAUCAACCAAGGUUGUGGGUAAAGUACCUCGUUGGAAACAUGUUGAAGGGGUGAGCAAUUUUAGAGAUAUCGGGGGAUGGAGAAUUCUUAAGCCAACUUUUGAAUUAAGCAAAGGAGCUAGUAUAUCCGCUACUAAUGGCGGAUUAAACUAUUACGUCAAGCCCAAUUUGGCAUUCAGAUGUGCAAACAUUGCUGGUAUGACUGAAAUUGGUAUUCAACAACUUAACAAACUUGGUAUCAAGGCAGUAUUUGAUUUACGAUCUGAUGGAGAAGUGGCCAAAGAUGGAUACCCUCAAGGAUUGGAGAAAUAUGGAAUCAAGAGAAUUCAUGCUCCUGUGUACUCCAAUGAUGAUUACUCCCCACAAGCAAUUGCUAUGAGAUAUACCAAUUUAAUGACUUCAUGGUCAACAUAUGUUCAUGUGUAUGAAGACAUGUUGGAAUUUGGUAUUGAAUCGUUCAAGAUUAUUUUCCAAUAUAUUUUACACGAGAAUCAACCAUUUUUGUUUCAUUGCACCGCUGGGAAAGAUCGUACUGGUGUUUUGGGAAUGUUGUUUUUGUUAUUAGCUGGUGUUGACAAGCAUACCAUUGGUAAAGAGUAUGAGUUGACCACAGUUGGUUUGAAACCAGAUCACCCGCUUCUCAAGAGUAGAUUUAUUGAAACAGUGGCCAAAUUGAAAGAGAAAAUCAGUGACAACUCCGAUAGUGGCGCAUCAGCAAGUGAUAUUGAAAAGUUGAUAUCACGUGGCAGACGUAAUUGGAAUCUUGAGGAGCAAGGGUUCGACAAUUUGAUCAGUUCUCGCUAUGAGGCGAUGUUGGCCACGAUUGCCUUGUUCCAUGACACUUACAGGAACAUUGUUCGCUACAUGAAUGAAAAGUUGGGGUUUAAUCAUGAUGAAAUCAGACAAAUUUACGAGAAUAUUGUUGUUGUUGAUUCUGAUUACAAUGGAUUUGAUAUUAGUACUCAUGUUCAAUGGGACCAUCGUUCAAAAUUUUGA